AACUCAAUGAGGGGAGCAGAGCAGAAGAGGCUGUGACGCACGGACCGGGCUGACGCAAAGAUGUCGGCUCACGAUCAGCUGGUGUUGUAUUUGUGUGAAAUAACGAGGUUGCUGUGGAAGUUGAUGCUCCCGCUGCUGCUUCUGUGCAUGCUGCUGGUCGCUGUCCUGGUCCUACUGGUGCUGGCCGUCCGCCACUGGCUGCAGAGCACCAGGAAUGCUCGCCGGGCGCGGGAAGGUCGUCCCACAGUGGCAUUUUUCCACCCUUACUGCAACGCUGGUGGUGGGGGAGAGAGGGUGCUCUGGUGUGCUAUCAGGGCUCUACAAAACAGGUACGUGGACAUCAACUUUGUGGUGUACACUGGGGACCUGGGCGUGACCGGCCAGCAGAUCCUGGAGGGAGCCCGUCAGCGCUUCAACAUCGUGCUGCCGCGGCCGGUCCGGUUCGUCUUCCUGCAGCACCGGGUCCUGGUGGAGCCCGGUCUGUUUCCACAAUUCACCCUGCUGGGACAGAGCGUGGGGUCCGUCUUCUUGGGAUGGGAGGCCCUGACCGAACUGGUCCCGGACCUUUACAUCGACUCCAUGGGUUACGCCUUCACCCUGCCGCUGUUUCGCUACCUGGGAGGCUGCAGCGUUGGGAGCUACGUUCACUAUCCCACCAUCAGCACUGACAUGCUGUCUGUGGUGAGGGAGAGGAACCCAAGGUUCAACAACCCAGACUUCAUCUCAAACAGUCUGUUCCUGAGCGCCUUUAAGUUGGUCUAUUACUGCCUCUUCGCCGUUCUCUACGGGAUGGCCGGCUCCUGCAGCGACGUCAUCAUGGUCAACUCCUCCUGGACCCUCGAUCACAUCCUGUCUCUGUGGCGCUCCCCAAACCGCACCAGCGUGGUGUACCCGCCCUGCGACGUCAGCGCCUUCCUGGACAUCCCGCUGGAGGAGGACGGGGACAGGAAGUGCCACUCCAUCAUUUCCGUCGGCCAGUUCAGGCCAGAGAAGGAUCACCGGCUGCAGAUCAGGGCCUUCAAGAAGGUUUUGGAUAGAAGGAGGGAGAGGUCGGGCGUCAGGGAGGGGUUGAAGCUCGUUUUGAUAGGCGGAUGCAGGAACCAGGAAGAUGAAGACAGAGUUCUCAUGCUUCGGGGACUUUGCCAGGAGCUGGGCGUCGCAGACAGGGUGGAAUUUAAACUAAACGUAUCUUUUGAGGAGCUGAAGAGGCAGAUGAGCAAAGCCACCAUUGGGCUGCACACCAUGUGGAACGAACACUUCGGAAUAGGUGUUGUGGAGUGCAUGGCAGCAGGAAAGGUCAUCGUGGCUCACAAGUCGGGGGGUCCGAAGCUGGACAUCGUCAGACCUUUCGACGGAGGUCAAACCGGAUUCCUGGCAGAAGAUGAGGACAGUUACGCAGGAGCCAUAGAGAAGAUCCUGGCUCUGCCGCCUGACAGCCGCCUGCAGAUCAGACACAACGCACGCCAGUCGGUGGCACGCUUCUCGGAUCAGGAGUUUGAAGCCUGCUUCCUGGAAGCCAUGGAGCCUCUGAUGGGAACACUGGAGCGAUGACCAGCUUUCGAUGUCCCAGCUGAGGCAUCUUCACCUUAAUGCACUCGUGGCUUCAUGCAGGACUGGUGUCAAACACGGUUAAAUCACUUGUCUCAUGUAGAAAACACGUCUUGAAUUGAAACCAUUUUGUUACAGUGAGGUAUUUAGGUGCAUAAGGAGCUGCAGUGUGAUGUUGGACGUUUUUGUCUAUAGUGUACAUUUUGUAAAAUUCUCAGCGGGAACAAAUUACCCUUGAUUUAAAACCUGAAAAUAGAGGGUUCAAGUAACUGUUUACAAAAAAUAUUUCUGUCUAUUAACAUUAAAUGUGAAUAAAACAAAGAUAUCGUGUGCAUUAGGAUUUUAUAUUCAUGUAUCAGUUUAAAAGGAGAUGUUGAAGUGUAAUAAAUGCACUGGAAUUAGCUUUAGUAUGUUUAGUUUUGUCUUUUUGUGCCCUGUCUAUUUUAAAUUGAGUACAUCGUAGAAAAAAAAAAUCCAAGGUUUCUGUAAAACAAUAAAACAAUUUACACAGUUUUUUUGAUUAUAAAGUAGCAGUCUCUCUGAAUGGUUUGUUCUUUCUGGAAAGAAGUUAAUCUUUCACAAGAUUAUAUACUUUUUACAUUCUCCAGCCUUUGUUGGGACUCUGAACUCUCUAAUCAUAUAACCCAGACACAGACUUAAAGAGGAACGGCAAAAGCAAUUGAGGUGGAUAAGCAUUGCUUGGUGACACUUAUGGUGUCAUCCAGGACGUUACUAGGAUAUAUCGUCUCGGCUUCCCGAUUUGAACCAUUAGCAUGUCGUCCAGCAACAGUCUUCAGUCGGAGGCCUCUACAGAUUUGUUGCAAGAUUGACUGUUACUGGAGAUCUUUCCUGCCUACUGUCUUACCAUCAGCAAUUCUGGACAUUUGGAUAAUAUAGCAUUUAAUUUUGCUUUGGAAAAAAUAAAAUAUCCUGCAGAAACAA